AGUCCGAGGUUACAAGGCAAAACUAGCAGUGCGGACAUGAGUGAGUCUCUGGUUGUUUGUGAUGUGGAUGCAGAACUUGUGGAGAAGUUAAAAAAGUUUCGCUUUCGAAAAGAAACCAACAAUGCUGCUAUUAUUAUGAAAAUAGACAAAGAUCGGCGAUUAGUGGUUCUGGAGGAGGAACAUGAGGAUAUAUCCCCCGAUGAGCUGAAAGAUGAACUUCCCGAGAGGCAACCAAGAUUUAUAGUAUACAGUUACAAGUACCAACAUGAUGAUGGCAGAGUUUCUUAUCCAUUGUGCUUUAUCUUCUCCAGCCCCUUAGGAUGUAAACCAGAACAGCAGAUGAUGUAUGCAGGAAGCAAAAAUAAGCUAGUUCAGACGGCUGAACUCACAAAGGUUUUUGAAAUCAGAAACACUGAAGACCUCACUGAAGAAUGGCUAACUGAGAAACUUGGCUUCUUCCAUUAACUUGUAUUUUCUAUGUUAAAGAGCUUGAAGUGUUCACUUUGUACUUUCAGUUCACUUUUACACAAGAUAUCUGCAUUCCAGGAGAAUUUACUUUGACCAAAAUUAAGAUGGUAAAAUUAUGACACAUGAAACCCACUGGUUUUCAAAAUAAGACCUAAAUAUCACUCAUGGGGAUUAAUACCUUUAGCUAUUUGUACUGUGCGCUGCAGCUUCUCUAGCAGCAGUGCACUAUAUUGUAUUAAUAUGUAUACCUGAAAUCACUGGAACAUGUUUACUGCUUUACUAAAACUAUUCUAUUCAAAAAUGUAUUUCAUUCUAUAAACACUAAUGUUUUGUAAUGCUGUAUUCUCAGAAUAUUGGACAUUGCCGUUUGUAAUUUUUCAUCUUAUUUUUAGUGGAUUAUUUCGUAGGGAACAAUCUUAAUGACUUUGUGAUGUCUAUUUUUUGUGCUGUAUGCAAAAUGUACAUAAUCUUAUAGCACUUUCCCAGCAUAUAUGGCGGUUGCAAAUGGAUUAAAGGACAAGCAAAGAUAAAUUCCCUGGGUAGUGUCAAGUUGUUAGGCAUUCCCAGUGAUUCUAGUUGCUUACCUUUUACCCGUGGCUGGUGCUCAUCUUAAAAAAACAAA